UUCAGAAAGCUGGUGGCAGCACCAUACAAUACUGCGCAGUGGUAUUCGUAUUGAUUAUUGUAGGUGGAGACAAAGUCAGCGGGAAAAUCAAUAUUAUAUGUCACUGGUGUUCUCGUUAUUUCCGACGUGAAAUUUUCCUCGCUCGACUCUAGUACGAUUUUCACGUCAUUUUUAACAGUACACAAAUUCCUGAUUAUCUCUUAUUUUGUGAGUAAAUAAUCGUGGAACUACAAUGUAGUUUCAUUAGUGUGAAUCCAUCGUUUCUACAUCGGUUCUGCAUCUUCAGCUGAGAUUUUAUUUGCUGUUUCUUCGAUAUCUACAGCGCAAUCAAUGAGAGAGAAUCUGUCCUUAUCAAGACAAAUACAUUUAUCACUAAUAAUAUUAAGAAAGGAUGACUAAAGGAUAACACUUGAAAAAAUGACAAAAGAAGAGCAACAGUGGACGCAGAUUUCUAUCUUUCGUUGUUAAAAACGUAGAGCUUGAUUGCAAUAUAUCAACACUUAUUGGUGACUCAUUCAUUGCGACAUAUUUUUUCAUCAGCUGUUUGAUGUAACGAGAAAAAAAGAAAAUAUAUUAUAUAAUAUUGUGAACGAGUCUUGAAUAUUACACAUAAACUAACUGAAUAUACAAGAGUAUAUAUAAAAGAGAUAUAUCAACAAAUAAAAAAUAAAUCAACGCUCAUUGUUCAUUAAUUAUUGAUGACUCGUAAUUUUAAUAACGUGAAAAUCUAUCUCUUCUGAUAAAUAGAUUGUUUCCAAGCCAAUCUACAGUCGAAAAUUAUCACUAAAAGAAAAAAAAGUUUAUGCAAACCAAGAGCCUUCUUCCGUGCAAGUGAAACAAUUAUAGAAAGAUAUCGUGAACUCCAGAAUUGAAAUAGUGACAGUAGAGGAAUCGUCUUCUAUGCGGCAGGAAUCCCUGACCAGUUUGAAAUUGAGGCCACCGGGCGAUCACGGUGGUGUACAUCACGGCGGAGUCAUGUUAGAGGAAGAUAUGGCUGGUGCUCAGGACACGAUAUAUCUGUGCAAUUUUCGAGUGUCGGUAGACGGCGAAUGGCUCUGUCUGAAGGAGCUUCAGGAUGUCGAGUUCUCGCUACAAGACUCGAUGCAGCGGUCACCAUCACCACCGCUUGCUCUUAGUGGUAUUAAUUAUCAUCAUGAUCAUGAUCAUCAUCAUCAUCAUCAGCAACAGCUUCCCGAACAACGAGAGCUUUGCGAUAUUAUACCACCAAGUCCACCGCCAUUGCAGCACGUCUCCAGCUUGUCACGGGAUCCGGUGAUCAUCGAGAGGAGUAAUCUCGUUAACAUUUCAAAACUAAUUGUUAAGGAACUGAUCGAAACAUCCUUGAAAUAUGGUCGUAUGCUCGAUUCUGAUCACAUGCCAUUGCAACAUUUUUUCAUCGUUCUUGAACAUGUGCUUAGGCAUGGUUUACGGCCAAAGAAGGGUCUUCUCGGACCCAAGAAGGAGCUGUGGGAUAUUCUCCAGCUCGUAGAGAAAUAUUGUCCCGAAGCACAAGAUAUUACAUCCAGCAUUCGUGAUUUACCCACUGUUAGAACGGCUAUGGGUAGGGCGCGUGCUUGGCUGCGUAUGGCAUUAAUGCAAAAGAAAUUAGCAGAUUAUCUCAAAGUUCUGAUAGAUCACAAAGAUGAUAUUUUAUCUGAAUAUUUCGAACCAGAUGCUCUGAUGAUGAGCGAGGAGGCAAUCGUAGUGAUGGGCCUGUUAGUUGGAUUAAAUGUGAUCGAUUGCAACUUUUGCGUAAAGGAAGAAGAUCUGGAUUGUCAGCAAGGCGUAAUCGACUUUUCAUUAUAUUUACGUAAUAGUAAUCAUAUACCUGGUGAAUCUCCAGACGAUGAACUCGAAAAUGAUAAUAUGACUACGGUACUUGAUCAAAAGAAUUAUAUCGAAGAGCUCAAUCGACAUCUAAACGCAACAGUAACGAAUCUUCAAGCUAAAGUAGAAUCUCUAACGACAACGAAUGCUCUUAUGAAAGAAGAUCUCGCUAUUGCUAAGAACAACAUUUUAUCAAUUCAAGAAGAAAAUAGACAAUUAAAAAAGGAACUUGGUAUAGAGGUUAAAGAUGCAAACGAGAAUGGAAAGGUACCUCUUAAAAUAACGGAGACCACUGCGGAAAUGGAAGAACUUAGAAGCAGAUUAGAAUCUGAAAAAAAAUCUCGGCAAGAUUUAGAGAAAGAAUUGGAAUUACAGAUUAGCAUGAAAUCCGAAAUGGAAGUAGCUAUGAAGUUAUUAGAAAAGGAUAUACAUGAGAAGCAAGAUACUAUAAUAUCUUUAAGACGACAAUUGGAGGAUAUAAAACUCAUCAAUUUGGAAAUGUACAAAAAGCUGCAGGAGUGCGAAGGCUCACUUAAGCAUAAGACAGAACUGAUCACAAAGCUGGAAGCUAAAACACUGUCGAUGACUGAGACCAUCCAAAAAAUGGAUGAGAAGUGCAAGGAGAUGGAUGGUGUCAAGUCGGGGGCGGAGGAGAGGGUGAGAAUCCUGGGCGCUGAGGCUGCUGAACGGGAAGCACGGACGAAUGGGGUCGAGAGGGAAUUGCGACUGGAGCGCGAAUGGAGAACCUCCUUACAGGAAACAUCGAUCUCUAACACGGAGAAGAUCUCUCAAUUACAUCAGGAGAUCGAUCAGUUGAAACGGGUGUCCGAGAGAUACUUGACGCUACAAGAGGAGUAUUACGCGUUGAAGGAGGUGUGCAGCGAGCAGGAACGAACUCUGGAGGAACUUGGGGGACAAUUGAGCGCGGCCAAAUUAGCGGCGGUCGAACUGCGCGAGGCCGCUGACAACGCUCAACAGCAGCAGCAGUCGGCUUUGCAAGAGGGCUCGGUAACAUGGGCGAACGAUCGGCUGGUCACCCAAUGCAAGGGGUGCAGCCGUGAGUUCAACAUGACUCGUCGCAAGCACCAUUGUCGCAAUUGUGGGAAUAUUUUCUGUAAUGCAUGCAGUGACAAUACUACAGUCUUGCCGAACUCAGCGAAACCAGUGCGCGUUUGUGACGAAUGUUACGUACUUCUCGUUAGCCGUGAUUCGGUGAUGCGUUAAUACUCUACGUACUAUUGUUCUUUCUCGUAAGCAAGUUGUAUACCAGAGAUUUCAGUCCAAUGCGCAGUCUCGAAAAAAAAUUCAAACAAAAAAUAGAAUGAGGAAAGAUAACAAAAUCUGUCCGAAAAUGUAGUCCGCAAAUGUUUGUACAUGUUUUUUUUUACGGUACGUUAUGCGUAACCAUUUAAAUUGGACGUACGUGAUGAUGGACAUACCAAUUUGCCGUGAGCAAUAUUUUGUUUCAUGUUAAACUAUUUUAUUUUUUUUAUAAAAACACUCGUGAUAUUUUAAAAUUUAUACG